AUGGCCAGCUGCACCAUGGCCUUAUCCUCCAUCUCCCCAAGCCAAACAACAACUCCCACCAAGCUCUUCAUUCCUGCCCAGGAGAAGAAUUCUCCAUUCAACACCGUUUCAUGUCCAAAGAUUCAACAGAAUCCUCACCAGAAUGGCACCUUUUCAACUUCAUUAGCUUCCUCUUCUUCUUCAUUGCCAUCCCACAAAUGGAGAACCAAUGUUUCCUUCUUUCCAGCUUUCUUGGGCAAGAAAAAAGAUGCUACACCCAUCAAAGAAGAGCUCCUUGAGGCCAUUGCCCCGCUUGAUCGAGGAGCUGAAGCCACCCCUGAAGACCAGGAACGGGUUGAUCGAAUUGCCCGGAAACUGGAAGCUGUGAAUCCAACCAAGGAGCCAUUGAAAUCUGAGUUGCUAGAUGGCAAAUGGGAGCUCAUAUACACUACUUCUGAAUCCAUUUUGCAAACCAAGAGACCCAAAUUCUUAAGGUCUAAAACAAACUAUCAAGGGAUCAAUACGGAUACCCUUCGGGCACAAAACAUGGAAUCAGCCCCAUUCUUUAAUCAGGUUACUGCAGAUUUGGCACCACUUAAUGCAAAAAAGGUGGCUGUAAAAUUUGAUUAUUUCAAGAUUGGUGGACUGAUACCAAUCAAAGCACCUGACACAGCUAGGGGUGAGCUUGAGAUUACAUACUUGGAUGAAGAACUCAGGGUAUCAAGAGGUGACAAGGGAAACUUGUUCAUCUUGAAAAUGGUUGAUCCCUCAUAUAGAGGAAAUACAGUUCAGAGGGCCCAUUUUGACUUCCAAAUGCAUUACUUCCUUAUGCAAAAGAACUUCAUUGUUGCCCACCAGCUGUUUGAAUGGCUGGUGAACUUUGAUAGUAAUAUUGAGGCCCAUCAAAAGCAGUUAAAACUACUUGCCGAGACCAGAGGCACGCGGGCAGCAGCAGAAAUGUAUUUCAACAGUCUUCACGAAUCCGCAAAAAACGUGAUAACCUAUGCGGUGCUUCUUAGGUGCUACUGCAAGGACAAAAUGUUAAAUAAGGCUCUGGAAUACUAGGACAAGAUGAAGAAGCUGGGUUAUAUUUGCACUUCCUUCGUUGUACAACGAUGUGGCUGCUUUAUACUUAGAAACCAACCAGCCUGAACAAGUUCCUUUGCUGGUGCAAGAAAUGGAGGAGAAUAAAGUAAAUCCUGAUAUAGUCACUUACAAUAUUUUAAUGUUCUAAGCUACUGUGCUCAGAAGGAUUUAGUUGCUGUGACUUAAAGUUCUUGAAGUAAUGAAACAGAAAGGUCUAAACUACGACUGGUUCACCUAUGGAAACCUGGCAAGGAUUCACAUUACUGCCGGAAUGCACAGCAUAGACAAAGGUUUCAUACGUAAGAUGGAGAUGGAAAAUGUAGGUGACCGUAAAUUUUUUCCACACCCUACUUUGCUUGUACCAAGAAAUGCUUGAUUUGUCAGGAGUCCAACAGGUAUGGAAUGCUCACAAGUCAGUGUUUCCGAACCCUGAUAAAAUACUGACUAUUUCAUAAUGAUUUCGGCACUCUGCAAGUUGAGUGGCCGAGAAAACCUGGAAAGCCUGGAGAAGUGUUUUAAAAGAGUGGGAAGCUGGGCAUCCCAAGUAUGAUGUGAGAAUAGUUAAUUUGGUGUUAGAAUCUUACCUUAACAGGGACAGGCCUCGGGAAGCCAAAAGCUUUCUACGAAGGUAUGUUGGCAAAAGGCUAUGAACCGGACGAUGUCAAUGUGUUAACCCAUUAUUACAUGUGGAACUUUCAGAUAGACACGGCUUUGAAGUAUCUAGAGAUGGGUUCAGCGAUGGUUAACACAGAGCUAGAUAAAUGGUUUCCUUAUGACGAAACUAUAGACUGGUUCCUGUUAUAUUUUCAGAAGAGGAAUAAUGCGGAUGGAGCCAAGAAGUUGUGUAACAUCUUGAAGAAGAUCGAUCGUCUUGAUUCCACCGUAUAUGAGGCUCUGAUUUCUUCCCAAGGUGGUGCUUUCGAAGCAUAACAGUUAGAGUUGAUCAAAAAGAUUUGGAUUAGGAAUAAAAGCUACACUGUGGAUGUAGGUGGCCGGGAAAUGAAGUGGUCAUCCAUGUAGGCUUUUUGUCUAGCAGCAGCAGCUCUCUGAUAUAAGAGAGCUUAACAGUAGUAGGGAUAGGCAGCAGAAUAAUAAAAUGUAUAAUUGUCUGGUGUAGAUUUUCAUCUAAAAUACAUAAUGGACAAUCUAAUGUUGGUCCAAUAUUUUAUUUCAAACAAUAAUAAGCAAAAAAAAGCUGAUAGAUGUUUUCCAGUCAGCUUAUUUGCGAUUUUGCUGCUCCUUACAGGUUUAUACUCACCAAUUUUUCAUGAGCUGAUUGCAUGAGUUUGUCUUCUUUCAACAGGUAGUGAGAGAGGCUUAUUCUUACAGAGACCGAAUCUUAUUCUUUA